GCGGAGGGAAUGGCAUCCUCAUAAAUAGCCGGGGCGGGGAGCGGGUCCACCCACUCCCACCUGCAAACGCGAGUGUUGUGAGAACCGGAGACAGAGCCGCCAUGCGGGAGAUUGUACACAUCCAAGCCGGCCAGUGCGGGAACCAGAUAGGAGCCAAGUUCUGGGAAGUCAUCAGUGAUGAGCACGGCAUCGAUCCCACUGGCAGCUACCAAGGAGAAGCUGACCUGCAGCUGGAGCGAAUCAGCGUCUAUUACAACGAAGCUGCCGGAAACAAGUAUGUUCCACGUGCCAUCCUUGUUGACUUGGAGCCUGGAACAAUGGACUCAGUCAGGUCUGGACCUUUUGGCCAGAUCUUUAGGCCUGACAACUUUGUCUUCGGUCAGAGUGGUGCUGGGAACAACUGGGCCAAAGGCCACUACACAGAGGGUGCCGAAUUGGUGGACGCUGUGCUGGAUGUGGUCAGGAAGGAGUCCGAGAGCUGCGACUGCCUUCAGGGCUUCCAGCUCACCCAUUCGCUGGGCGGUGGCACCGGCUCUGGGAUGGGCACCCUCCUCAUCAGCAAGAUCAGGGAGGAGUAUCCCGACAGGAUCAUGAACACCUUCAGCGUAAUGCCCUCACCCAAGGUGUCGGACACAGUGGUUGAGCCAUACAAUGCCACCCUCUCCGUCCACCAGCUGGUGGAGAACACAGACGAAACCUACUGUAUUGACAAUGAGGCUCUCUAUGACAUCUGCUUCCGCACACUGAAGCUCACCACGCCGACCUACGGGGAUCUCAACCACUUGGUCUCGGCCACCAUGAGCGGGGUCACCACCUGCCUCCGGUUCCCCGGACAACUCAAUGCAGAUCUUCGCAAGCUGGCGGUCAACAUGGUGCCUUUCCCUCGCUUGCAUUUCUUCAUGCCGGGCUUUGCUCCGCUGACCAGCCGCGGCAGCCAGCAGUACCGGGCCCUGACGGUGCCAGAGCUCACCCAGCAGAUGUUUGAUUCUAAAAACAUGAUGGCGGCCUGCGACCCACGCCACGGACGCUAUCUGACUGUGGCGGCCAUCUUCCGAGGCAGGAUGUCCAUGAAGGAAGUGGAUGAGCAGAUGCUCAACAUCCAGAACAAGAACAGCAGCUACUUUGUGGAAUGGAUCCCCAACAACGUGAAGACGGCCGUAUGCGACAUCCCGCCACGAGGCCUCAAAAUGUCCGCCACAUUCAUUGGUAAUAGCACAGCCAUCCAAGAGCUGUUCAAGAGGAUCUCAGAGCAGUUCACAGCCAUGUUCCGGCGCAAGGCCUUCUUGCAUUGGUACACCGGUGAGGGCAUGGAUGAAAUGGAGUUCACGGAAGCCGAGAGCAACAUGAACGACCUGGUGUCCGAAUACCAACAAUAUCAAGAUGCUACUGCUGAUGAGCAGGGUGAAUUUGAGGAGGAGGGCGAAGAAGACGAAGCUUAGGAUUGAAGUUGGUUUAGUAGUGUUUGGGAUGCAGUCUGUUUAACUCUACUGGUGCAUGCUUUUUCAUUUAUAAUUUGUAUUGAUUUUUUAAAUUCUCACCUCUAGCAACUGUUUUUGCGAUCCUCAUGUAAGUCCAAUGUUUAUUCAUACAUUAAUUUUCAGGAUCAUGUGAUCUAGAGCAGUGGUUUGCCAACUUCCAGAUUCCCUCGAUCUCUUGGUUAAAAGUCAGGGAUUCUGAGAGUUCUAAAACAUUUGGAGAAUCCAAAAAAUGAAAACACUGCUCUAGAAUGAGAUUUAACAAAUGAAAAAGUCAUAUAGGUGAUAUGAAUUUGUCCUCGUACUUCAGUGACUGUCUUGGUAGUCUAGAAAUAACUAAAAUAAUUCUUAAAUCUUAGAAAUUAACUGCUGGGAUUAAGCAAUAUCUUGUUCUUGUAUUGCUGGCAUUAGAAGUUAUAUUGCAGAGAUUUUAAUAGAGAUCUUAAAAAUAAGGGGACUAUAUCAGCUGCUUUACAAUAAAAUGUAGUGGCUAAACUGUUUUUCCUCUACUGCAGUGGUUCUCAACCUGUGGGUCCCCAGAUGUUUUGGCCUUCAACUCCCAGAAAUCCGAACAGCUGGUAAACUGGCUGGGAUUUCUGGGAGUUGUAUGCCAAAAUACCUGGGGACUCACAGAUUGAGAACCACUGUUCUCCUGGAAAGUAGAAUUCCUGGAUGCAUUAGAUUGUGAAGCAGUGCAUUCUCCCAUUCACAACAAUGGAAUAGAUUUUGCAAGGAUCAAGAAACUAUAAUUACAGCAGGGGCAAGGGCUGUUUGAGCCUUUUGAGCAACUCCGAUCAUUUGCUAGAGCUAAUGAAAAUUGUAAUGCAGCACCCUUAUGGCUACAUGGCUCCUAUCCGUGCUGCAGAACUGCACAGAUUUAUGGUAUGAAUAUUUUGCCUCCUCCCCCCUUGUCUUCCUUGGGUUCUCACAAUGCAGAGUGUUUUUAUAUUUGCAAUAUUGUGUCCCAAGUAUGCAGUAUGUUUUGUGGGAAAAUGUCUUUUAGGGCAGGACCCUCAUCGCUGGGUUGUACAGUUAGGAGCUAUCUUUCAGUCCAACAGUUAGGAUAUAUUUCUGAUCUCAUGUCUGCCUGUUAGUUUUUCGAUGUAAAGCUGGAUCUAGCUUAGAUCUUACUACUUUUAGAGGAUGGAGAAAUAUGUACGGUCUGGUGGGGUGGGUGUUGGAGGGGGUGGGCACAUCAGCCGCUAGAAUGCAAAUAGAGUAGGCAUGGAUUCUGAUAGCAAUGACGACGCAUGCUUUCUGUGGCAGUGUGUGAUGCUGGCAUUCUUUUGUGCAUUGUGUAAACUCAUCAAAGAUGUCUGUCAGGAAAUUAAACUAUACAGCGGCUUUUGUGUGGUGUUCAUGUUUGAGGACUCUAUAUAAAGGCAUGCAUUCUGAACAAUGAUUUCUGUUUUUCUUCAAGAUGGAUCUUGGCAAUAAAAUAUUUAUUACAAUUGG